CUUGCAUUUCAUACCAACUCUAUCUCCACCACCGCUUCCCGAUGUUCGCAAUCCCUCGGAGUAAGAUGGCAGACCCGUCCGGCAACCCAGAACCGACGCGCGACCUGUUAUCGGCCUGCCCGUACGGCAUUAUCAACAUUCCUGCCGUCCUCGAAUCCUACCUGUUACUUCAUGCCAGCGACGAGGACAUGCAUCACCACCUCCGCACGUGGCUUGCCACGGCUUACCUCGAUGGUAACACACAACUUUCAUCCAUGAACGAGCCGCUCGGCCGCCGCAUCCGCUGCCUUCAAGACCUUGGCAUGUUAGUUUGUGCCUACGGCCAAGCGAGGGCGUUGAAGAGGCCAAAGACGAACGCCAUGCAACACGAGUUGUAUUUCUAUGGGCAGGGGCCCAGGAAGGAGGAGGGGCUUCAGGCGGGCAAGUGGAUGCAGCAGUGGGCGAAGAAGCAGAUAGAGAUGGUGGGGUUGAAGGGGUCGAGGAAGCCGCCGCUUGGAUUUGGGGAGGGAGAGGAGCAGAAGGAGGCUAGGAAGAAAAUGGGGGUUGGGAGUCUGCUUCCAGUGGAUGGGAACUUGCUUUUUGGGAAUUCGAUUGCACCGAAAGGGAUUCCAGCGAAGGGGAAGGAGACGGUGGCUUCAGUGCGGAAGAUGAGUGAGGUGGAAGAGAAGGACAAUGAGGAGGAAAAUGAGGCAGAGGAGGCGGACGGAUGGCUAUUGACGUAGGGCGAGUCAAACUUGAGGUGUCGCUUAUCCAUGGAGGUAAUAUGAUUUCGUACAGAGAUCGUUAACUUUGGAUAAAGGUCAACGUUUAGUUUCUAUAAUGGUA